UGGGUAGGAAUCGCAGAUCGUUUCGUCACCAUUGGCUUCGUUCGGCUUUCAUGGGCUCCACGACUUCUUCCCCACUGUCUUCGCUCGUAGAUGUUUAUUAGACUCAUGAAUCCUCCAUCACCAUCAUAAACGCUAUCUCGCACGUCAAUUAAGGUGUGGCAUGGGCGUUGCUAUCUCCCGUGUGCAGUCAGUAAAUAGCUAGCCAAGAUAUUGCAUUCCAAGUGGAAGGUUUUUUGCAAAGAAGCGCCCUUUUGAAGCUGUCCCACCCUUUGAGCACUUUUCCUUCUUGAGCUCGGCUCGUCUUUUUUGCAAUUCAAUGUCUCCAAGCCGAACCUACAUAUCAGACUCCAAUUCUGGGGAACCAGCCAUGGCUGCGGAUAAGGAUAUGAAUGGCACCAAUGGCACCAAUGGCACCAAUGGCAUCAACGGUAUCAAUGGUACCAACGGCACGACGAAGAAAGCGGUGCCGGAAUCUCUGAUUCCUUCUCCGCCAGGCCGAUCUGUGCUCCGUAGCACAGACCCAGAAGAGCUGCAUGACCUUAUCUGCAUCGGGUUCGGUCCUGCAUCUCUUGCCAUUGCCACAGCACUUCAUGACUCUAUAAUCUCAAAGACUUCGGGUGCUGAUGGAAGCCCUCAUGAGAAAACUCCCAGAGUAGCGUUCCUUGAACGCCAGCCCCAAUUUGCUUGGCAUGCGGGCAUGCUGCUUCCGGGCGCCAAAAUGCAGAUCUCUUUUCUCAAAGACAUGGCCACUUUUCGCGAUCCUCGAAGCGAGUUCACCUUCCUCAAUUAUCUACAUAGACGAAAGCGUCUCGUUCCUUUUGUCAAUUUGAGCACCUUCUUACCCCUGAGGGCCGAAUAUGACGACUACCUCCGUUGGUGCGCCGGAUGGUUCGAUGACGUGGUCAGCUACGGACAAGAAGUUGUGGAUAUAGUUCCAGAAAAGUUGAAUGGGGAGCAAGAGAAGAUCAAUGGCUUCACGGUCCGCUCCCGCAACGUGAAGACUGGGGAAAUCACCACAAGAAAAGCGCGACAUGUCGUGAUCGCAGUUGGCGGUAAACCAAAAAUUCCACAACCGCUGCCAUCCAACAACCCACAUGUGAUCCACUCUUCUCGGUAUUCUAUGGCUAUUCCGGCGCUGCUCAAGGACAAAAGCAAGAACUAUCGCGUUGCUGUCGUUGGCGCCGGACAAAGUGCAGCUGAGAUCUUCAAUGACCUUCAUUCGCGAUAUCCCAAUUCCAACACCAGCCUCAUUAUUCGCGGCUCUGCGCUCAGACCAAGUGAUGACUCUCCAUUCGUAAAUGAAAUCUUCGAUCCUGAUCGAGUGGAUGACUACUACCACCAGCCCCAGGAUAUUCGAACUGAAGCCAUUGCACUUGAUCGCAGUACCAACUACGGAGUAGUCCGGAUUGAGCUCUUGGAACACAUUUACACGGAUAUGUACAUGCAACGUCUCCGGGAGCCUGACGAGGAAGCGUGGCAGCACCGGAUUUUAAACCAUCGCUCUAUCAAUAGUGUAGAGGAUGUAUCUGCAUCUGGGGCACACCCGCUCCGCUUGAGAGUGCAGAAUAGCACUGGAGUUUUCAAGAAGAAUGGAGUGAUGCGCGAGGAGAUUUUGGAUGUUGAUGCCGUGGUAGUAGCAACAGGCUAUGUCAGAGAUGCGCAUGAACAGAUGUUGCGCCACGCAGAUCACAUGAAGCCUGGUGGCUCAAAGGCCGAUAAGAAGUGGGCAGUGUCACGAGAUUACCGGGUGAGAUUUGAACAAGGGGCUGUUGCAGAUGACGCUGGCGUCUGGCUGCAGGGGUGUAAUGAGCAAACCCACGGUCUGAGCGACACCCUCCUUUCCAUUCUUGCGGUUCGAGGUGCCGAGAUUGUCGAGUCCAUCUUCGGCUGAAAGUAGGACCUACCCUAUGAACGAUGGAACCAAUGUCACACACGGGCAUUGCAUCAGACCAACAAGCCUGAUGUCCUCCGCAGCCCCCAAAGUACUCAGCAUGAUAGAGUUGGUUAGACUUGAUACCGUAGAGAGUAAAAGUUUGGAAGAUACAGGCAAACUGUGCCGUUAAUACCCAAAUUCUUAUAGAUUUUAUUCAUUCUUGAUUAAACGACUUGACUGCUUUUUAAUGAAAAGAAAUCAUUGCAGCAUUUGAAGUUCAGGCAGCG